AUGGCAUCCUCAGAAGUAGACCAAAAGUUUCUUUGUCACUUUGCUACGCGCACCGGCGAAACCAACCCGUUCCUCUCGGGUAUGCUAUAUAAGAUACUGGGGCUUUCAGUAAUAUUAUCCAAAAAGUUGCUUCGCGCUCGCAAGCUACGGCGGCUAGACCCAACCCGGGAAACGAAAUCGUUCCAAUUAUACCACCAUAUCCUCUGGCUUUCGCGGGAAGGGCUAAUUAUUGUGGAGCAGUAUGUGCAUCCCAUGGUGACGGAUUAUGUCGAACUGCGAGUUCUGGCAUACAAACUGCAAGCAUCGUUUUAUCACAUAUUUGUGCUCUUCCACAACCAGCCCCGAGUUUACCACCGGGGUAUCCAGACUCUGCCCGGUUCAGCGUCUUACGUUGACAUUGUCAAUGCAACUACACCCGCCAACAGACAGAAUGGGGGAAAUGUACCGGACUCCUCCACAAAGCCGGCCCCAAUGCCUUCCCCUCCACCCGAAGGUGGGCCGGUCGGAUCUGGAAGUCAAAUGCAGCCACCAGGCCUCGAGUGUCCAGUACUGCCGAAAUUCGCGGCCUCCUUCAUUCUCCCAGCGAUAGAUUAUACGCCACGGGCAACCGAGUGCUUUACUUACGUGGCUGCGUUAUCCGACCAGCUACUCCCCGGAUCUCAUCCCAUACGCCUGUCUGUCAAGCUGGAAUACGCUGCAUAUCUCUAUGAUUGCCUCAAUGAUUCGACGGCGUGCAGACGCGUUGCCAAGCAAGCCAUCGCGGAUGUAUACAAUGCCCAAGAAGGGAUGGACGACGAAAGUUUUGAAGAUGCGGCAGAGCUAGUGAGUGUACUGGGGAAGAUGGUCAAACGAGGAGGUAAAACUACCAGCAGUGCCGGCGGAAGCAGUACUGGUGGAGCAGGAGACAAGUCGUUCAGUGACGCCAGCCAAGGCACGCCUUCCCGUGAUGCUGGUGCAGUAGACCUCAGCGGCACUCCGAAACAUCGCAAGCCACAGCCUAAACAGCAGCAACCAACGACACCACAGCGGCCAAUACCCACCUCCAGAGGAACACCCUCAAAUAUCCCAGCUGACGCAGGGCUUGGCCUAGCCAUUCCCCCGCCUACCGUAACUAACCCAUAUGAGGCAUCUCACGCUGGGCAAACGGAACCAUUAUGA